UAUGACGCUCCGGCCUGAGAAGGCACCUGCAGCUGGCAGCGGAGCAGCGGUGGAGGAGCCGUGCGACUCGGGACUCUCCAAAAGACAAUUUCCGACCUGGUUCCUGAGGUUCCCCCUGUUCCCGCUUCAGCCCCGAGGAGGAAAGCGCCUACUCCCCGUCCCUUUUCAGCAUUCUACGUCUUUCUCGCUCGUCUCCCCAGUAUGGCCUGAAACAGGAGAGCCUGUCGUAGCUCUGCCUUUGUAGUCGCGGGCUGGAGUGAAACCGCCUGAAGAAGGGCUCGUCCGUCUCCUGGGACCCAGCCGCCCCAGGCCUUUAGGUUUAGGCUGCCUGUCUUGCUGAGAGAGAGCUUGGAACCCUGUCAGUCAGCUAGGCGGGCGUUCCUUUUCCCACCGCCCAGGCGAAGACUCGGCCCUGCACCGCCAACCGCGCCUGAAGGUCCCGGCCCGGACGAAGUCCUCGGAGCCACGGCUUCCCCUGGUUGUAGGCUGUUUUCUGCCUUUUCGCCUUAGGUUCAUCAUGCGGAACCUUAAUUCCCGAUGAAGCUCUGGAGGCCUUUUGCAUCUUCAGCAUCAGACGUCAUCAAAUAGAUCCGGAGCUUCACAGAGAUGGAUUAUUAUUUAAUGCUAACAAUCCCAUGAGAAUGAAGACAGGCUGAGCACUGCUACCAGAAAUUUAGAAGAGCUUACAGUGAAGCACACGGAAGCAAUGAAAGAAUUAAGAAAUUCAGAUUGCUUGGAAAUCACUCUGCUGUGUUUCAUCAUCUCAGCUCAGAUGGAAAAGUAUGCAAACCGUGUCCAUACCUUAACAGAGGAAAGAGAAACAUUGUCUCACGGUUGUGAAAAGGAAAACAAACAGUUUAGACAUGAGGUUAAAGUGCUCCAACCGAAACAGGAAGUGCAAAUAAAAGAGGUUGAAGAAAUGUUGUAUCAAGAGGGCUUAUCUGAAAUAGCUCUGAGCAGCCCCAGUGAACAGAUUGCAUACUUACUGGUAGAAAGAAGUACACUCUUGCAGAAACUGGAAGCCCGGGGCCCAAAGCCAGAGUCACAAAGGUGUAUGACCAGUAAAUUCCUGAAAGAACAUCCCCAGGAGAACUUUGAACAAAACCACCAGCCUCUGCGGAGAGAACAGGAGAAACAUCAGGAACAUGUGCAGCAGUCUAAAAAAAAUGUGAGAGAGUCCCAUAAUGAAGACCUGGAAAAAGAUAAAACAUCACAAAACUGCCUAGAGAGAAAUGCAGAACAAGUAGCAGAGAGGUUAAGGAUGGCCCAAGAAGAAAUCCGAAGGCUCACUGAUGAGCUACAAGGGAAGGAGAAAGAACAGAGUAAAUUAGACUCUGCACUUAAGAAGGCUCAACUAGAAAUAGAACACUUGAAAGAAAAUUUGAUAAAGCUGAAAGAGAAUGAUUCAACUGACCUACAGAGAGCAAAGGAACGUAAUCAGAGACUGGAUGAAGAAAUUCUGGCUUUAAGAAAUCGGGUUCGAUCACUUGACUCAGAAAAAAAAGUGCUUGGAGAAGUAGUUGAAAGGCUCAAAGGAAAGAUUCAUGAGUCUCAAGAGAAUAAGCAACUUGGAAACCACUCCCCUGGGAAAACUGUGGGUGCUGAACAGAGAGAACAGGGUCUUUGCAAAUGCAGUCAAGUUAAGAUGAGGUCAUUAGGAUGGACCCUAAUCCAAUAUGACCGGCGUACCUGUGAGAAGAGAAAAUGCUAUGUGAAGACAGAGACACACAGGGAGUGCCAUGUGAUGACAGAUGGAGAGAUUGGAGGGAUGCACGUACAAGCCAAGACAUGCCAAGGAUUGACAGCCACCACCAGAAGCUAGAGGAGGCAAGGAAAGAUUCUACCCAGAGUCUCAAAGGGAACAUUGCUUUGGCAAUAGCUUGACUUCAGAGUGCCAGCCUCCAGAGUGAUGAGAAAUAAAUUUCUGUCAUUUUAAGCUACCCAAUUUGUGGUACUUUGUUAUGGCAGCCCGCAGAAACUCGUUGAC